GUUGAGCGGGGCUCCGGCAGCUGCUCUCAGCCCGGCUGCAGACCCGCGCUCGCAGCAUCGGAGAUGGGAGAGCGGAGCCCUGCGCGGGGCUCGCCCGCCCGGCGCUAGCCGCCCCCGGCCCGUCCCGCCCAGCGCAGGGAAGAAGCUGGCCAGGACUGGCACGUUGGAACCAGGGACCAGUCCUGGCUCCAGCGCCCGCCUGCCCUGGGCUCAGAGACCAAGGAUGGAUGCAGAGUCCUCUCCGUUGGGUGGCUGGCUGGACAAUGGCUCUUGGACACCAGUGCCCACUGCUGCCCCCCACCUGGACAUGAGCACGCCAGUGGGCCCUGGCAGGAGGGGGCUGUGGAUCUUUAAUAGCAGUGGGGAGGACACGUCACCCCCAUUCCUGACGGAUGCUUGGCUGGUGCCACUUUUCUAUGCCCUCGUCAUGCUGCUGGGGCUGGUGGGCAACUCACUCGUCAUCUAUGUGGUGUCCAAGCACCGGCAGAUGCGCACAGCCACCAACUUCUACAUCGCAAACCUGGCGACCACAGACAUCAUCUUCCUGGUGUGCUGUGUCCCCUUCACCGCCACGCUCUACCCCCUGCCCAGCUGGAUCUUCGGCGACUUCAUGUGCAAACUUGUCAACUACCUGCAACAGGUGACGGCACAGGCCACCUGCAUCACCCUGACGGCGAUGAGCAUGGACCGCUGCUACGCCACCCUCUACCCGCUGCAGUCGCUGCGCUACCGCACCCCACGCGUGGCCAUGGGCGUCAGCGUGGCCAUUUGGAUCAGCUCCUUCCUUCUCUCGCUGCCUAUAGCCAUGUACCACCGCACUGAGGUAGGCUACUGGUAUGGGCUGCGCACCUAUUGCAUCGAGGCCUUCGCCAGCAAAAGCCAGGAGCGCAGCAUCAUCCUCUACACCUUCCUGGCUGUCUACCUGCUGCCUCUGCUCACCAUCUGCCUCUGCUACUCCAUCAUGCUCAAGCGUGUGGGGCGCCCCAUCGUGGAGCCCAUCGACCACAACUACCAGCAGGUACAGCACCUGUCCGAGCGCUCUGUCGCCAUGAGGGCCAAGGUGUCCAAGAUGGUGGUGGUGAUCGUGGUACUCUUCACUGUGUGCUGGGGCCCCAUCCAGCUCUACCUCCUCUUCCAGGGCUUCUAUGGCAGCUUCCAGGCCAAUUACGAGACCUACAAGAUCAAGACGUGGGCCAACUGCAUGUCCUACGCCAACUCCUCCAUCAACCCCAUCGUCUAUGCCUUCAUGGGCGACAGCUUCAGAAAGUCCUUCAAGAAGGCUUUCCCCUUCCUCUUCCGGCGCCGGGUGCGGGAUGGCGCCGUCCUCUCCGGCUCCCGCAAUGCCGACAUGAAGUUUGUCACUGAGGAGACCUAGUCCCAGCACCAGUCGUGCUACCCUGUGCGGCCUGCUCCUCCUGGCUUUGGACACUGAGGUGGUAAAUCCAAUAUGGCUGCUGGGCCACACUGACAUUGCUCAGGGCAAGAGGCACCAUUCAAUGGAAGCUGUGGUGGCUGGCUGUUCAGAAUCCCUGGCUUGGAAGGGGCCAGGGAUAGUCAGGGCCAGGGGUUCUUCCCAAAGGGCUUUCUUAUUUGGGGUUCCUCUGUGCUCAGGCUGAGGCAUCCUCACAGUCCAAAUACUGAGGCAACCAGAAAUGAGUGGACACUUUGGGAAGUGUGUGUCCUAAGCCAGAUGCCUCCCUUCCCCCCGCCAUACCAGUGUCCCCAGCACAUCAUCGUAGCUUUGAGCAUCCCUGCUGGUGCCUCAGGGACCUGCCCAAAGCAUCUGGAAAUAAAGCUCUUUGGCUUUGUAAGGAGACAUUGGCCUGAUGUUUGGGGUGGAGGACGUCUGGCAAGGUGUCUCCUAUGCCAGGCUGGAGGAUUGAGAGCGAAGCCUUGCCUCUGAACCAGGGGGCCAACAGCUUAAUAACUCAUCCACAGGGACCUGGGCUGAGACCAGCCCCAGGCCCCUUUGCCCCAGCCGGUGAAUGGCCCUCAGUGAGCAGCACCUUUUAAUCCCUAGAGCACAGGGCUCGGCUGGAUCUGGCCAGCUUGUAGGUCCCCUUAUUGCUCUUUGCUGCUCCCAUCAAUCCCCCUGUUAUGCCUUCCCCACAGCUCCAUGCAGCCAAUGGGGUUUAAAAACAAAACAACUAGCCAAUGACAACAACCCUUCCAUGUAGGCUUGUUGGCCAAUCCAAAGUAGUGGCUCAACCAGCCGGGGUGAGGGUUCUUUAUGGGGAGGGUUGGGACUGAAACAGACACUAUCCACCCCCUCCCCAGUGGCCAUCAGAGAGCCCUGGGGGCUGUGGGUGGGGUGGGUCAGAUUUAGGGCACCUGAGCAGGAGGUUCUUGAGCUUGCUGCAAAACCUAUUCAUGUGGGAGCUCCCUGUGCAGCAGGUGUGAUGGCCACCGUCUUGGCAACAUCCAAAGCUAAAAGCCAGGGCUGCUGUAGAUAGCUUGAGUUACAAAACCAGGGCUGGGGCUGGCACAGCCACGUGCCCUGUGUAGAUCAGGCACAGAGAUGGCAGCCAUCUUGUUGCCAGAAUCACUGCAGACUGUUUCACAGGAGCAAUGCACAGACUACGCUCUCUCAUCUGUAUUCCACAUCCUCCAGGGUGCAAGCACAUGGCAUGUGGAAAAACCACAACAGUCACAAAAUAAAAGCUCUCUAAAUAACCCCCUUCAUCCAACAAUUUCAGUGUCUGAGAAAAUCUGCUGGGGUCGUGACGGGUUCAUGGGCAGAAUGGGUUGAGUAACCUGUUUGCAGUGAGUAGCUGGGCCAGUUCUGUCUACAGUCCCCCAGCAGACAGAGGAUGCCUGCAGCCAGCAGAGAAACACCUGGGUUGUCAUCACUUGCAUUUAAACAGUGCCUUGCAUCCCAAAGUGCUAGUGCCCCAGGUGUGCACCUGGGAGAGGGGAGGGGGCAGCGCCAGCCCCGGUGCUGGGGCAAAGGGGCACGAAGAGGAGCCACAAGGGGGAACAAAGCUUCUCCAAGCUGGGUUGAAAAUUUUAGUUGAAACCAUUUUCUAUCAGAAAAUGCCAUUUUGGUUAAGCCAAAAAUUUUGGCAAAAUCUUACGGAUUUUGAUGAAAUUUUGCUUAUAAAAUUGUGGGGGGGGGAUUUGAAAAUGUCAAAACAGUCAAAAGUUUUGAAAAUGUCAAAAUUGCAACAAUUUCAGGAAAAAAGUUUGGAUUUUUGGCUUUUCUUUUGAAACAACUUUUCAUUGAGAAUUUUACAUUUUAUGUAUUAAACAAGCAAGGGUCAAAAUCAAAAUAUUUUGUAUUUAUCAAAAUCAAAACAUUUGGAUUGCCCUGAAACAAUUUUUCCUCAAGAGUUUCAUUUAGUGAAAAAAUGUUGAAAUAUCCUGAUUUGAGACAAGGGUUUGGGUUUUUUUGGAUUUUUUUGCAGGUUGGAAAGUCCAUUUUUUGACCAGCUCUGCUCCGCUGUACAGAACUGCCCCAUGGAAACCCAUGUGCCCCAUUAUCUUUGGGUACAUCCUUCCCUUAUGGCUAGGCUGCUGGUAUAAGGAGCUGGUGCUUACACUAGGGAAAAGUGUAUUUUUAACUCCACCAGAACACCCUGUGCUAGCAUUACAGCUUGCCUUGGCCACAAUGGGUAUUUAACGUUAGUUAUUGCGCACUUAAAAUACAGCUUUUUAGCUAGUGGCGACAUGGACAGAGGCACCGAAUGAAAGAAGGGUGGUGCAGUUGUUAGCACACAAGUUUAGACGUGAGACAGCUAGGAUUCAAUUCCCAGUUCUGUCACCAAGUCCCUCUUGGGCCUCAGUUUCCCAGUGCGUUACGGUGCAGUCUAUGAAUACAUGAUUGCAUGCGAGUUUUUCCACCGGACCCCUGUGGGAUUCAGUGCACAGGAUGGAUGUAUUCAGUAGGUCGCUUUCUCCUUGUUCAAUGGUGGCCCCUGACUAUUGACUGAAUAUGAUUCAUAUCCUGCUCUGAAGACAGAAUUAUUAAUUUCUUCUUGGGCUUUUCUAUGGUGCUCAUCACUAUAACAUCCGAGUGCUUCACAGCUAUUAAAGAAGAGGAGGCAUGACCCCCAUUUCACAGAUGAGGCACAAGGAGAUUAAGGGCAAGAGUAUCCAUUAAUUAUGGGUGUCUAAUAUGAGACACCUAGGACCUGAUUUUUUGUUACACAGCAGAUAGCAUGUUCAAAGCACAGCUCCUACUGACUGCAGGUGCAGCUGCAAGUGCUCACGAUCUUAGGUCAGGCACCCACAAAAUGAGGAAUACACAAUUAGUCACUGCCUGUGAAAAGUGUGGGUUAAGUGACUUUUCCAGCAGCACCCAGGAACUCAGAGACAGAGGCAGGAAUAAAAUCCAGUUCUCCAGGGCAAAAUUCAACUGCCUCAACCAUGAGAUCCUCUUUUCUCAGCUUGCCACUCCCUGGCUCUUUCACUACACAGUUUCUAAUGUGUUCAACGAAUGGGGUUCUACAGACAACAGCCUCCUUCACUGUACAACCCUAGAUCAUGUCCAACCUGUGCACUGAAUGAGACAGGGGUUUGUGACAAAAAUAGUAUGCAGUCAUGUAAUGAAAGACUGUGCCAUAAUGUAUAUGCACAAGGGGCAGAGUUAAGGUGACACAGCCAUCCUUUAUUCUGGCAUUUCCUAACUUUUGAGAUGCCCACUCCUUGCCCAUUUCAUUGAUUCCCAGCCUCUGUCCCAGCUCCCCAUCUGAUCUCAGUCCCACUCCUCCUUCAUUUCCCUUCCAGGUUCUCAGUGCCAGUCCCCCUGUCCUCUGGUGCAAAUCCCAGUCUCUUUACCCGGAUGGUCCCAAUCUCUCUCCACCCCAAAUCCCAAUUUCCUUCUCUCUCCUCCCCACCAGUCUUCAGUCCCAGUCUCCUGCCCAGAUUCUGAGUCCCAAUCUACUCCCCUGCCUCUCACCUAGGACUGGCCUGCUUAGCCUUAGACUAAGUUUAGCCGAAGUCUAGCAGCAAAGCUCUAGCAAGUCUCAAACUGUGAUUUUUUUUAAAGGCUUAGAAUUUGUUCAAAUUUGGGUGAAUUUUCACCAGAAAAGCAAAAGGCAUGUCCCUCGUACGAAAGCAGCUCCCCAGCCAAAUUUCCAGUCCCUGCUUCAAAGCCGGGAGUGCUAGAGCGUCUCAAAGAAUAGGUCACGACAUUUUUUUAAAACGCACAAAAGAACAUAUCUUUCCCUAGCCUCGUUCUCAGAAAUGGAUAAAGUUUGGCAAAGUUAUAAGCGACUGAAAACAGGGUCUUGUAACAGGAAGUGUCAAGCUUAUAAUCAGGGCCAGCCUUAGGGAAUAUGACAUCCUGGGUAAACUUGUGUUUUGGGGCCUCUGGCCCCAGCUGCCUCCCCAGGAUCCCCACCCAUGACCCCACCGCUCCCUGCAUCACCCUUGAGCCCCAUUGUCUCCCCCGCAUUGCCCCAAGCUCCCUUCCACAGCCUCACACUCGAGGCCCAUCCCACUCCUGGCCUCUUGACCAUGGCAGGCCCCUUUGACCACGGUGCUCUGGGUAGUUGCCCGCAUUGGCCUGCUCCCCACCUGACCCUGCACACAGACAUGCUCCUCAGACACGCAGCAAUGCAGUCCACUGACCCCCCAGCAUCCAUACCACACACCCUGUAGGAACAAUUGUUUGGUCAAUCGUUCGAUCCCUUGAAUUUAUUGGCCACAUAUGUCAUGUGCUGCUGGAUUUCUUCCCCAGCUGGCUGAGCAAAGCUGUGUAAAUGACUCCCACUGUUGCCCGAAAGUUUGUCACUAAAUAAAUAUCAGUGAAACUCCCCAAAUCCUCUCCUAUUCCUGACCAAAUUCAAGGGCCUUCCAGCCAGUAUACUCUGACGUGAGGGGAGGGUGAAGGAUGGUGGUAGCUCAGCUGAGGCAGUGCCGGCACCCACUGGAGUGUAAUCAUUACAGCAAGUAGCAAAUUGCCAAAUUUUGAUUUUUCAUGCACAUUUUUGUCUCCAAAUCGAUU